AGUUAUCGCCACCCGCUCAUCGCGGCGCAGAGUUGUUUUCAUUUUUCUUCGUUUCUCUGUUUUGCUCCCAUCCAUCAUAUCAGACAGCACGCCCUUUCCACCUCUUUGGUUAUCGAUCGGGAGAUUUCGCAAUCAGCUGGUGGAGCGCGAAGGUGCUGCUCUUGUGAAACAAAGGUGGAAAAGUUCCGCGAAUCGAAAAGUGUGUUAAAAACUUGCAUCCUCAUCGUGUUUGGUAGAAAAUGUGGUGCUAAUCACUGCGAAGAAUUAGCUGUUUUGUGAGCAACUUUCGAAGUAGAUUGCCGACAAGAUGUCUCGCUGUGUGUUGAGCCCUCUGAGACUUUAUCGGACCGGAUCUGGUUUGCAGCAUUUUCUGCCAAGCUUCGCCAGGGCUUGCCUAUUUUCGUCGCAAGGAGCUGCUGGAGACGGGAAAGGUAACAGCGGUGGUGGCAAAGGUUUCGUCCGGAAUACGACCAUUCUGGUGCAGCAAGGUUGUGACAUCCAGGAACUUCCGGUGGUGGUCCGGAAGAUUGCCGAGGACGAGUUUGCUGCUUUCAUAUCGAACAAGAUCAUUGAUAGUCAGCCUCCACCAGGGGCAGUAGCUGCUAAUGGUGAAUCGAAUGGCGCAGUUGGACUCGAUGCCAAUGCAAACGAUGGCAAUCAAGAUGAAAUCAAAAAGACCAUUGAAGAGUGUCUCACAGCGCAGGGAGUCUGUCUGGUGGUGGAAGCGCUGAGCGAGAAAGAAUUCACUCCGGAUGUGGCGGUGCGAGCGGUGGAAAAGAUUUUGAAAAUCGAGAAUCUGUUGGAAUUGAAGCACCUGGAGAACAGGGAGGAGUUCGAGAAGAUCGUCAGCUGUAUCGUUUAUCGCGGGGACAAUCAAACGGUGCUGGAGGUUCUGGAUGGGCUACGAAAUUACAUGGAGCUGACCAAAACGAUCGACAUGCUGGGGAACGAGCUGGUCUAUCGGUGCUCUGAAACCAAGUUGACAAUUGAGCAAUGCUGCGAGGCCAUCGAAAGUCUGACCCAAUGUCGUCGAUACGACAUGGUGGAGAAGUUCUGGAGUGGACUCGCAGAUCAGGAGAAGCAGAUCGAUGAUAAGAACAUUCAUAAGGUUUUUGCUAUUCUGCCAUACCUGAAAGUAAGCCGAAGGGCUGUUCUGAACGUAUUAGAGCGGAGAAUUCCCUCCGUCUGGUGGCAAAUGUCCCCCAACACUACGAUCGAUGUCCUUCAAUCGCUGGAAACGUGCAAACUAUCCCCAUUUAGGAUAACCCAAACCUUGGCGCGAUGGUUGAAUACAAACAUUCACGCCGUGAGCGAAGACCAGCUGGAAGCGGUGUUGGAAUCUUUUACGAAUCUAGGCUACUCCGAGAAUCAAAUCGAGCGGGCCAUCGAACGAUACGUGAAGAACAAGGGCGUCAAAAUUGUCUCGCAAAGUUUGAUUGUGACCAUUUUGAAACAUUGUCAGGCUUUCCGUCUGAGAAACUCGCACAUUCUGAAUGGUUGCAGCGAGUUUUUCAUAGCCCAUCAUGAAAAUCUUGAUCCCGGUUAUCUACGUGCAAUUUUCUGCCCUUUCGGUUAUCUUGACUAUCAGCCCGUCAACAGUAACAAGUUUUGGGAAACACUCGACAUGUAUCUGGAUCUCAAUUUCACCAAAAUACACCCCAUGGAAAUCAUCGACAUCAUGUUUAGCUACGUUAGCCUCGAGCGUUAUCCGCUAAUGUUCGUGAACCGGAUUUUUAAUCCCUAUUUCCUGGAUGUGUUGCAUGCUCGGACCCGCCCGGAGCGACUCAACCGGGUUAGAAGCCUGAUCAAAGUUUUCGACACAAGCCUCACACUGGAAUGUCCGGAUUAUGAUGGUCCACUUCUGCCACGUGACCACUCCGCCAAAACCUUGUUCCACGACGGGCGUAUCAAAAGAAUCGUCAACUACAUCACCCCGGAGUUGCAGAAACUUGCCGGCGGACCAGAUUGUAUGACCAAAUUCACCAUAUUGCAGCACCUGCCGGUUCACGAGCUAUACCUAGUCGAUGCCAUCUUCCACCCGUGCGGAAUGGGAAACAUUUUCUCCCUCAACACGAUGAAGGAGCGUAACAUCAACGUCGCAGUGCUAGUAAUGCUCCCGGAGUUCUUCAACAGCACCGGAGAACAUCUGAUCGGAUCGCAAGCGAUGCGGAUUCGACACCUGCGGCGCUUAGGAUUGCGUGUGGUGACCUUACGAUUUGAUACGUUGUACAAACUGAAGGUACAUCCGGCCGAGCUGGAGAAGUACCUGGUCGAGCGAAUGAAGCAAGCGUUGGAUGCACUGCCGACACCAAAGAGGACGACGGGUCCUGAUCCUGAAGAGAGUGAAUAAUUUUGCUGAGCGAAAUCAGAAGACUGGUUUGAUACUUAGAGCAGUGAAGUUCAUACACAAAUGAUUGUGAUACUUACUUAAGUAUGUAACAAGCUUACAAUAGCUAGCACAAGAUUACUUGACCCAUUAUUAAAAGCAUGGAUACAUUUUUUCAGUUUACAAAUGUAAGCAACGUAAAUUUUACCUGUAAUGGCACGUUUUAAAUUAUCAAAAUAAAUAUAUUGCGGAAUGGUUAAACCUCUCCCGUAAAGACCUAA